CCGCGGCAGGCGGGCAGUGCGGGGCAGGCAGGAGCCGGCGAAGAGUGGUGCUUGUACCUGAAAAAUCAUGUUAAACUUCAGAUGCAUCCGGAAGUUACUACAGUACCUGAAAUUUUUCUUUUAUUUAUUUAUUGAGAAUCUCAUCUGUAUAUGUCCUCUACGCAAAAAAUCUUUUGCUGGUGAAAUAGUUCUUAUUACUGGUUCUGCAAAUGGGAUUGGAAGGCAGAUUGCCUUAAAAUUUGCUCCUUUGGGAGUGACUUUGGUUCUUUGGGACAUCGAUGACAAAGGUAACAAGGAAACAUGCAGAUUAGCCCAAGAAAAAGGAGCUAACCAGGUGUUUGUCUAUCAUUGUGACUGCAGCAGUAGAGAGGAUAUCUAUGAAAAGGCAGACAAGGUUAGAAAAGAAGUUGGAGAUGUUACUAUUCUAAUCAAUAAUGCUGGCAUACUGAUUGGGAAGAAGUUCUGUGACAUUCCAGAUGCAGAUUUUGAAAAGACCUUCAGAAUCAACUUCUUCUCUCAAGUCUGGACUUGCAAGGCUUUUCUUCCAGCCAUGAUGGCCCGUAACCGUGGGCACCUGGUUAGCACAGCCAGUGCAAGCGGAUUACUGGGACUCUACAGACUGACAGAUUAUGCUGCAAGCAAGUAUGCAAUCAUUGGAAUGAUGGAAGGCAUAAAUUCAGAACUGUAUCAUGCAGGAAAACAUGGCAUUAAAACCACAAUCAUUUGCCCUUAUUUUGUUCACACUAAAUUAAGUAAAGGUUUCCAAAGCGCAAAACCCCUUUUGCUUCCUGUUUAUGAUCCAGAGUAUGUAGCCUGCAAGAUCUUGAAUGCAAUUAAAAAGGAAAAGUUUUAUCUAAUCAUGCCUCCAACUUUACGCUUAUUGGGUUUGAAAACUUUCCUUCCUAGAAAAGCAAUACUAUGCUUUGAAUCAUGCAUCAAGUUCCCUGAGAGCAUGGAUAAAGCCUAUGGUCAGAAGGAAAAGGAUUGAAACAAAAAUAUUCUGAAGACUUCAAGUGCCAUCAAAUUGAAUAUUUUCAGUAAAAAAUAAGUUUAAUUCAUGUUUAUUCUUUGACAGACAAUUUACUUCUUGUAUGAUAUUUGACAUUGGUCAACAUGCAAUUUAAUUCUUCAUUACUGUCUUUUAUGUCUUUGUGUUUGGUAAUUUUCCGAGUAACCUUUGAAAAAUCACUGAAAUUUAAAAUUACAUAGGUAUUAUGUUAAGUUACUAAGCAACAACUUGGCAUGGACUGUAUUGUCUUCAGACUGAAAUUUCAAUGACAUAGCCUGAAAUGACUGAUUUUUAGUCACAACCCAGUCUCAUUUUAUGAUGGCAUGCUGCUUUUAUCUGAGGUCUCAA